AUGGCCUCUGCCCGCAGCCCCGCCGGAGCGCUCCUGCUGCUCACCUGCGCCAACCUGAUCGCUGCCAUGGGCUUUGGCGUCCCGGAGCCCGGCGCGCCCGUGGGGAACCAUGCACAUCCGCGGCUGCCCGGGACCGAGCUGCCCGCCCCGCCUGCCGACAGCCCACCGGAGCCCACCAUGGCACAUGCACACAGUGUGGAUCCCCGGGAUGCCUGGAUGCUGUUUGUUAAGCAGAGUGAUAAGGGCGUCAACAGUAAGAGGAGGAGCAGGACCAAGGCCAGGCGGCUGAAGCUUGGCCUGCCAGGACCCCCAGGGCCACCAGGUCCUCAGGGCCCCCCAGGCCCCUUUAUCCCAUCUGAGGUUCUGCUGAAGGAGUUCCAGCUCUUGCUGAAAGGCGCAGUGCUACAGAGGGAAAGCACCGAGCACAAGCACUGCACCAGCGAUUUCACCACACCAGCCUCGGGCAGCCCCUCCCGGGUCCCGGCCGCCCAGGAGCGUGACAACGACCAGGACCUGGGGGCUGUGUUGGCGCUGCUGGCUGCGACCCUGGCCCAGGGCCCACGGGUGCCACGCGUGGAGGCUGCGUUCCACUGUCGUCUGCGCCGGGAUGCGCAGGUGGAGCGGCGCGCACUUCACGAGCUAGGGGUCUACUACCUGCCCGACAUCGAGGGAGCCUUCCGCCGGGGCCCAGGCUUGAACCUGACCAGCGGCCAGUACACCGCACCAGUGGCUGGCUUCUACGCUCUCGCUGCCACUCUGCACGUGGCAUUCACAGAGCAGCCGAGGAGAGGACCACCACGACCUCGGGACCGUCUACGCCUGCUGAUCUGCAUCCAGUCCCUCUGCCAGCACAACGCCUCCCUGGAGACUGUCAUGGGGCUGGAGAAUAGCAGCAGCGAGCUCUUCACCAUCUCAGUAAAUGGUGUCCUGUAUCUGCAGACAGGACACUACACCUCCGUCUUCUUGGACAAUGCCAGCGGCUCCUCCCUCACGGUACGCAGCGGUUCCCACUUCAGUGCUAUCCUCCUGGGCCUGUGA